ACGACUCGUUCUUCUGCCUCGCUCCACGUCCUUCGACCUAUCUUCUCCAAACCUUUACAUCAACAUCGUCUUUGCAAAACUCGAUGCCAGGUCUCGAACGUUCCCCACGACCCGUCACGAUCUCUUCCACGCCUCUACGCCCGCUCCCCGCUGGAAGAGCCCUCUACGAACGACAUCAAGACAAAAAGGCCGCCUUGCGUAGGAAACGAAGCGCUCUAUAUCAUCUCCGCUUCCUACCUAGAGACGCCAUCAUGUCUUCGACAUCAUCUGACCUUACGCCACCAUCCCCUCAAUCGGAUCAGAUCUCUCUCAUGGGAGACAAUGAACCGCCUCCUAUCCCUCAACAAGUCCUCGACUCGGCUCUUCAUCCGUUCUGGUCCGACCCGUCCCUUCAGGACGUCUGCCCGAUGAUGGAGGGUCCCGAAUACCCCUAUCUGAACAACCACAACCUUCUCCGGGACGACAUCAUGGACCUGAUGCGGCGGUUGGGACCAACUGAAAAGCCGUCGAUCCGAAUCUUUUCUCGUCACCGUGGCGAGGCUGAGUACGUCUCCUGCAAUUUUCAGCCUGAUCCUUACGAUACCUCGACCGAGCAUCCGCUCUUCAGCGGCCUUGUCGAUUACGCCAUGUACUGGAUGCAAAAGGCUCGUGACGCCGUACCUCAAAACAUGGUCCUGGUCAUCGAGGUGAAACCGGGCGAGCUUUCCACGGGACAGGUCUAUGCUGUCGAUCGGCAGGUCAGAGCUCGAGCGAACGCGGCGUACGAGAACGGGGUCAACAAGCACUUUUACUUGAUCGGGUGGAUCGGCUACUCCUUCCGUCCGUACUAUUGGUGUCAGGGGGAUCCCGGUUCAGUGGUUCCAGCCGACAUCGACCCUUCGCGUCGUCCGGGCAUCAUGCGCCCAAGCGAUUCUGAUCUCGUCCACAGCAAAACGUUCCAGUAUCCCGGUCCUCAGCUUUCACUCUGGCGGGACAUUCGGGAUCCAGCCAACCAGCGACUGUUGCAGCAAGUGAUCAAGGAUGCUACUAGAGCUUGCGACGGCAUGGGACCAGAGUUUCCGGAAAUGUAUGGAGCGCCUUGCGAGACGGUUUCGAUGAUGAGCAAGGGAGAAAGUCUCGAGUCUGGCGGAAGCACCGGGACCGCCCAAGACAUCUCUCAAGAGUGAAAGCGAAGAAUGCUGUGGACCAUCAAGAGUUAUACCGGAUCAAGCUCGUAAACCAACUCGCCCGCAUGGCCUGACCGGGAUACCAGACCACCUGAUCGUAGCUGCAGGAAUCAUGAUCGUGCUAAUCUCAUUCGCUGGUUGUACAAC